AUGCCCUCCUCUACAUGCCUGACCCACUCCGCUCCCUGUUCCCUGCUGCUGACGCUGUACCUUGUCUUCUCAGGAGUCUCCGAGCAGAGCGACGGGAAUGGGUGGCAAUUGCUACAGCCUGAGGGCCCCCUACUGGUGGCCGAAGGUGAGACGCUCCUACUGAGGUGUACGGUGGUCCGCUCCUGCCUUGAUGACAUGAUUAAAUGGGUCAAGAGGAGCACUCAGGGCCAGCAAGAAAUGUAUAACUUCAAGCACGGCUUCUUCCCUGGGGUGACGCCCAUGACCCAAUGGGCAUCAGAGCCACUGAACUGCGAUUAUUCCAUCUAUAUCCACAAUGUCACCAGGGAGCAUGCUGGAACCUACCACUGUUUGAGUGAGCACUCGGAGGAGUCACCGGAUGAAGGCACCGCAGUGCUUGUGAAGGGUGCUGAGGACCCCGAACCAGACCUCUGGAUCAUCCAGCCACAGGAGUUGGUCUUGGUGACCACUGGAGACACUGUCUUCCUGAACUGCACAGUACUCGGAGAUGGUCCCCCUGGGCCCAUUCGGUGGUUCCGGGGGUCUGGUCUGAGCAGGCAGGCCAUUUACAACUUUGGAGGCAUCUCCCAACCCAAUGUGACAGCAGUGCAGGCCUCCAACAACGACUUCAGCAUUCUUCUAAGGGGUGUCUCCAUUGAGGAUGCUGGGACCUAUUACUGUGUGAAGUUUCACAGGAAACUCAACAGGCAGUACCUGUCCGGACAGGGCACCGCGCUGAGAGUGAAAGCAAAACCUACCUCUCCUCAGGAGGCAGAAUUCACCAGUGAAAACACAGCUGGGAUACCUCCAACAGGCCUCCUGUCUGUGCUCACACCUGUGGUCCUGGGGCUGAAGGCAGUGACCUUGGCUGCACUCCUACUGGUCCUGGCUGCCUGCUGGAGAAGCUCUGGGCAAGAAGACUUCAAGACCCCAGGCUCAGCAUGGGACAAGGGUCAAGAGUAA